GACGUGUCAAUGACCGAUAUAUUGUGUUACUAGUCACACACCUUGCAGUUAUAAAUAUCAAGCAGUAUAGUUUCACAUACACAAUACAGCUGCCAGCGACAUCAUGCAACCCAUCAUCCUAUAUGAUAUACCAAGCAAACUUCCCAAGAAAACAUGGUCGCCCAAGUCAUCAAAAAUGAGAUUCUGUCUGGGCCACAAAGGCCUUCCGUAUGAAGUUAUCUGGGUAGAGUUUCGUGAUAUUUCCGCAACCAUGAAAGACAUUGGCGCAUCGCCAACAGCUGGGGAAAUAUACUCCUUGCCAGUCAUUAAGGACCCCAAUACUGGCGCAGUGAUCUCCCACUCCGACACGAUUACUAAAUAUCUCGACGAAACCUACCCUGACAAGCUGCUUAUACCCCGCGGGACACAUGUACUCAUACAAACCUUUGAAACCCUAUUUAUCGGCACGGUUGUGGGGCCCUCCUCGGAACUCCUUAUGGCCAGAACACUCGAGAUACAGAACGAUAUUAGCCGGGAAUCCUUUAUCGAAUCGCGGUUAACGAUGUGUAGAGAAACACACUGGGAAGAUAUGGCUCCCAAAGAGAAGGCACAACGGAUGUUCGCUGCGCUCAAGAAGGGCCUUGGUGUGGUGGAUGGAUGGUAUCAAAAGAGCGGAGGGAGGUGGAUUAUGGGGGACACAUUCUCGUUUGGAGAUCUUGUUGUGGUUUGUUAUGUGGUUUGGUGGAGCGCUAUUUUGAAUAAACAAGAACGCCGGGAGAUCCAUGCCUUGCAUGGGGGAAGAUGGGCGCGUCUUUUGGCGGAUGUGAAUUUCGAGUGCAACACUGAUUUAGGCUACUUUGACUCUGAGGAACAUAAUAAUAGUCGUUCCUUCUUAUGAUCUUCAUGCAUUUUUUAGCUCAAGAAGCCCGUGGCCGCGGACUCUCAGCUGGGUCA